CUGCAGCCUCAGCACAUUCGCUCGUCAUCCCAAUUUUCUUUCACAUUCGCGCAACAACGCACCUACACCUGUACUCAACUUACGCACGCGACUCCAUAUGCCUCCAUCGCGAACGAACAUGGCUUCGCAAUCUGCCACGUUAUCUAACAUUAGUAUAACUUUCCUUGGAACUGCCUCUGCUCAACCAUCUUCGACGCGAAACCACUCGUCGCUUGCUCUGCAUUUGGGUGGGAGAGGAGACUUAUGGUUGUUUGAUUGUGGAGAAGCGACGCAGCAGAGGUUACAGCAGAGUACGUUGAAGAUGGGGAAGAUUAGGAAGAUAUUUAUCACUCAUACUCAUGGCGAUCAUAUUUUUGGUAUUGCUCCUUUAAUGGCUGGAUGUAUGAAUGGUUCUGGUGGGAUGAUUGAUGGUGUGUCAGAUAAGAGACUACGAGAACCUGAACCUGAAGAAGUGGAGCCCCUCGAGAUCUACGGUCCUCUCGGAACUCGCGCAUAUCUCCGUAGCGUCCUACGCCUCACCCACACAACACUACAAGGCCGAUAUGUCGUCCACGAGCUCCGACUACCCCGAGAUCCCCAGAAUGGCGAUUACACCAACCUACGACCACACCAUUGCGAAUUACCUGGCAAGAACCUUCUACAAACAGACGAAGGUGUAUGGAACGACAUCUAUGUCGACGACUUAAUAUCCGUCUCCGCAGCACCUAUCAUGCACUCCGUCGCAUGCGUCGGGUACGUCAUCGCCGAAGCACCCAUACCACAAAAGAUGGACCCAACGCAGUACGUUCCCCACUUAAAUCGGAAUAAGGCACCGAUGUCAAAUCUCUCGCGAUUACAACGCGGAGAGACAAUUACACUGGAUGAUGGGACGGUUUUAACGGGCGUACCACGCCGACCAGGGAGGAAAGUCGUCAUUCUGGGCGAUACGUACGACCCUUCACCUAUUCUACCUCUUUCGAUAGGCGCAGACUUGCUUAUCCACGAAGCGACGAACGCACAUCUCCCAGGUCUCGACCCAGAAACUCGCGAUGAGGAUACACACGAGAGCGUUGAGGCGCGCACGCGAAGUCGAGGUCACUCGACUCCGCAAAUGGCUGGACGUUUCGCCCGUUCGGCUGGGGUGCGAAGACUUGCUCUGAACCACUUUAGCGCGCGAUACAAGGGAGACGAUGAUGUGAAUCCCGAGUCCAAGGCAAUUAUGGAGGGGAUACGUAGCCUUGCGGAAAAGGAGUUUGGGGGCGAGGUUGUAUGCGCUCGCGAUCAUAUGACGAUACAUGUCCAACACGCUCACCGAUAGACACAAAAAGUACAUACAUUAUAUCCUAAUAUUACUUGCUGUACAAAGCCCCG